AUGACGAAUACAAAAUCAUUGUUAAAAGACGAGGACUUAAAAGAAUUCGUCAGGUCUAGAAAACUUCGUGAUGAUGGCUUCAAUGAGUUUGAGUUGACAUCAGUCCAAGAGGUAACAAGUUCACAUCAGCAGAGACUAGAUGCUUCAUCAAUCCAUCGACGAAGACGGUCAGCAAUCUCUGUAGAAUCGUAUGAUAUUGAAAUUACUGCCUUUGGAAAAUCUUACAAAAUGUCUCUUCAACAUACAAAGUCGGUACUUCACCCUUCAGCUAAAGUUUCCAUAAUAAAUGAUGACAAAGUAAUGGAAUGGAAAGGAGAUUAUCCAGAUUGUUUCCUGAUAGGAAAGGUCUAUUCCCAUAAUGGAACGGUCUUGGCAUCAUUUUGCAAAGCAUUGCGAGGAAUGAUGUCAACUACAGACUAUGAAUUUCACUUCGAAGAUUUACCAUAUCAUAUUUGGAAACGAAGUACAUUAAAAAGUGAAAAGCAUACCACACUUAUAGCUAGAAAACGACGGGACGACGCCAUGUUCACAGCUUUAAUCCGAGAUAACACACCUAUUCAUAAGACAGAAUAUAACAACAAAAGAAUACAUAAACGAGCGGUGCCUUCUACUGACUUUACAAUAGAAUUGGCAGUGUAUGUUGAUGCUGACUACUUGACUUAUAAAUUACCAGCUACUGACAUGACACGAAGAUUGGAAAUUAUGCUUAACAAGUAUAAUGCUGUGCAGUAUGAAUGGAGUCGUGCUGAUAUGUUGAAUUAUAACGUCACUCUAUCUAUCAAACUUAUAACAUUUUUUGACAUAAACCCGUCCUGGUACAAUACUUCCACUGCUCUGUCUGUUCCUUUGAACACUAUAUGUACUGGAACUGAAGCUGGUCUAGCUUAUGAUCAUGUACAUGUCCACACAGGCAUACCAAAUCCAGAAUUGGGAGGAUUGGCUUACCAAAGUAAAGUGUGCGAUGCUAGGUACAGAUGUGGUGUUUCUGCUGAUGGAAUUACAAAAUAUGUCACGACAGCUCAUGAAAUAGGUCAUAACAUGGGUAUGCUGCACGACGCUGAUAGAAAUUGUGUAUCACCAGAUGUUGGUGUAAUGGGUGGUGCUGGGGUCGGAUGGAGUACAUGUAGUGUCAAUGAUAUGAACACUAUGUUACAAACAGGCAAUCAUGGAUGUCUCUGGGAAGACAAUAUUGCUGAAAAUGAGGUUACUCCAGCAUCUUUACAGGGAUUAACAUUAGUGCCAGAACUUCCAGGUCAGUUGUAUACAGCAGAUGAAGUAUGUGAACAGUUAUACGGAAGUGGAUUUAGAUAUAGUGAAUAUCCGAAUGCGAACCUUGCUUGUAUCAAGUAUAGCUGUGUGGAUCAUAACGUUGGGAGUACACAUGGUCGGAUGUUCCAGCAGUCGAAUUCUAUAAUCGGCCUAUACUGUGGAGAUGAAAAGAUCUGCUUUGGCGGUGCAUGUGUUGAUUGGUCUGAAGCUCAAUUAAUUAAUCCUGAAGUAAGAGCUGGAGGGUGGUCAGAUUGGGGAACCUGGACAACCUGCUCCCGCUCAUGUGGACGAGGAAUGCUUUACAGACGACGAAUAUGUAACAACCCAACUCCUAAGAAUAAUGCAACUUGCGAUGGGAAUGAAUAUGAAGCUGAAUGUUGCAAUCUAACGCCAUGCGAUGGAGACAUUAGUAUUGAUUCUUAUCUUAUAGAACAACGUGCAUCAGAGACAUGUCAGAGACUAAUUGAUAACAACAUCAUUAAUGGAACAGAAUACACAGCUUCCGGAACUAUUUACUCAUCGUUAAACCACGGAGUAUGUGAAGUUCUUUGUGAAUCGGCUCCUGGAUAUACAAGACCUGAUUUGACGAGAUUUGGAUUGAUCGAAAAUGGUACACCAUGUCCCGGAACCUUAGAUAUAGCUGAUGCUAAUCAAUAUUCCCGACGCCCAGGCUUUUAUUAUGCUUGCUUAGAGGGUUAUUGUCAGAGAUUUGACUGCGCCAAUACUAUGAAUGCUGGUGUAUUUGAUGGAUGUGGCGUUUGUAAUGGUGACAACAGUUCAUGUAUUAUCCGAGAGGGAUUUUUUACAGAUGAUGUGCCGAUAUUUGACACAUGUUCAGGAUCAUGUGAGAAUGGUGGCACGUGGAAUACAGAUAUAUGUGCUUGUGGUUGUCCUAGUGGAUACUAUGGAAAUCUAUGCACAAGUACAUGUUCUACGCUAUGUAAUAAUGGAGCAGCCGUCAACGAAUCCACAUGUGAAUGUAUAUGUAACGAAAAACAAAGUGGAAGCAAAUGUGAUUGUAUAUAUCCCUUUACUGGGGGAUACUGUGAUACUUGUGCAUUUGUAACUUGUGAGAAUGGUGGUAUAUUUAAUGCAACAUCAUGUAGUUGCGCAUGUUUAGAUGAUAAUGAUGAUCCUCAAUGUAAAGGUGAGUAA